CCGGACUAUGUGGCGCCAGGGCCCCUAUAAAACAUAGCACUGAUUUGGGGCCCCAGUGCCUGGCACUGCACCCACCAUGGCCCCUUGCCCAUUGCCACUGAUACUGAUGUUGCUGCUGCUGCUCGGGGGCCCAGCUGCACACCCUGCACCACCCAGGGCCGCACGACACUCGGACGGGACAUUCACCAGUGAGCUCAGCCGUCUUCGAGACAGUGCCCGGCUGCAGCGCCUGCUGCAGGGCCUGGUGGGCAAGCGCAGCGAUCAGGACACAGAGAACAGCACCACUGGGUCCAAACCUGUGGACAGCCCGCUGUGCCUGCUGUGGCUGGACACAAGCACUCUGCAGGCCUGGAUGCUCCUGGGGCACUCCCUUGGCCAUGCACCAUUUCCAUGGCUGCCUCCUGACCCCAGGCCCGAGGCUGAAAUUUCAGAGCUGGCUGGAGCCACACAGCGCCCUGAUGAAGAGGAGGAGGAGUCCGGAGGCUGGCUGGGAGUGGGAGCAGGAGCGGGGGAAGGGGCGGGGGCUGGGGCUGGGGCUGGGGCUGACUGUACUUGA